AUGGACCCCAACUGCUCCUGCUCCACCGGUGGCUCCUGCACGUGUGCCGGCUCCUGCAAAUGCACCUCCUGCAAGAAGAGCUGCUGCUCCUGCUGUCCCGCGGGCUGUGCCAAGUGUGCCCAGGGCUGCAUCUGCAAAGGCGCAUCGGACAAAUGCAGUUGCUGUGCCUGA